CAAUUUUACUACGCAGAAACUUCCGACUCUCGACUCUCGACUCUCUCAACAAACCAACAACAAAAGUCAUCUAAAUUUUCUCUCUCCUCUCUCUCUGUGAUCGCUGAAUUUCUCUGUCUCUUCUCUCUCUCUUGCAUCAAUUUCCUGCUAUGGCGACGGUCGGACACAACAAUCUCAAUGCAAAAUUGGUACUUCUCGGUGAUAUGGGAGCUGGAAAAUCCAGCGUCGUUCUUCGGUUCGUCAAAGGUCAAUUUCUCGAGUUUCAGGAAUCAACGAUCGGAGCCGCGUUUUUCUCGCAGACGUUAGCAGUAAAUGAUGCCACAGUGAAAUUUGAGAUUUGGGAUACAGCUGGUCAAGAGAGGUACCAUAGUUUGGCGCCUAUGUAUUACAGAGGUGCUGCUGCUGCAAUUAUUGUAUAUGACAUUUCGAGUCCGGAAUCUUUUACCCGUGCUAAGAAGUGGGUACAGGAACUUCAGAAACAAGGUAAUCCAAAUAUGGUAAUGGCUCUGGCAGGGAACAAAGCUGAUUUGGAAGAACGGAGAGUCGUUUCAGCUGAAGAGGCACGCACAUAUGCUGAAGAAAAUGGUCUCUUCUUCAUGGAAACAUCAGCAAAAACAGCUCAGAAUGUUAAUGAGAUCUUCUAUGAAAUAGCCAAGAGAUUACCAAGGGCUCAACCGCCUCAGAAUCCUGCUGGAAUGGUCCUUGUUGACCGGCAGGGAGAUGCAGCCAGAGCUUCAUCAUGCUGUUCUUAAGUAUUCAUCACCAAGCUUUGCUUGUUGUACGUGGGGCAUAUGGUGAAACAUUCUUUUCCAGCUGAUGACUAUGAACUGCUUUUUAAAUUCUGAGAUGCCUGUACAAUUUGUCAUGUUAACAUUUCUUGGGGAGAUGCAUCUAGUGGUUCAUAAUUUUAUUUGUGUAUUUGCUUUAUAAUUCUAGUGUUCUUUGUUGUUGGGAUCUCUAUACACAGUUCCUGUGUCUGUAGUUGUAAAUGAAGGGUUUUCUUUGAGCAGGAACAGGUGUGUUGUUCUUCAGUAUAGGAGAUAAGCCAAAGCUGAGAACUCCAUGACUGUUGUUAAGCGAGCUAUAUAUAUAUAUAUCCGUAGGCGUUGCUCCAUCUGUGCUGCCUAUAAAUUGUAAAUUGGUGUGACUUUGCCCUACUGAGUCUAUGUUUAUUGUUUAUGCACAAAUCUAUUGUACCUGUUUCUCUAUGAAAUAGAGUUGCUUGUUAGUGUGGAA